AUGAAUAAGCCAAACUGGCAGGCGGACAAACGACCUCGCUACCUGGUUGUGAACGCAGACGAGGGCGAACCUGGAACAUGCAAGGACCGCGAAAUCAUGCAGGGAGACCACUGCAAGCUCGUCGAGGAUGUCUCGUCGCAGGACGUGAUGAAUGCCAACGCAGCCUAUAUCUACAUCCGUGGCGAAUUCUACCUCGAGGCCCAACGUGUGCAACAAGCGAUUGACGAGGCAUACAAAGAGGCUUGA